GCCCUUUAUGCACCAUGGCCCUCGUGUCUGCUGACUCCCGUAUUGCAGAACUUCUCACAGAGCUCCAUCAGUUGAUCAAGCAAACCCAGGAAGAGCGUUCCCGGAGUGAACACAACUUAGUGAACAUUCAGAAGACCCAUGAGCGGAUGCAAACUGAAAAUAAGAUCUCUCCCUAUUACCGGACAAAGCUGCGCGGCCUCUACACAACUGCCAAGGCUGAUGCAGAGGCCGAGUGCAACAUCCUCCGGAAAGCCCUUGAUAAAAUUGCUGAGAUCAAGUCUCUGCUGGAGGAGCGGCGGAUAGCGGCCAAGAUCGCAGGCCUGUACAAUGACUCGGAGCCCCCUCGCAAGACCAUGCGCAGAGGGGUGCUGAUGACCCUGCUACAGCAGUCUGCCAUGACCCUACCCCUGUGGAUCGGGAAGCCUGGAGACAAGCCCCCACCCCUCUGUGGAGCCAUUCCAGCCUCCGGGGACUAUGUGGCCAAACCUGGAGACAAGGUGGCUGCCCGGGUGAAGGCCAUGGACGGGGACGAGCAGUGGAUCCUGGCUGAGGUGGUCAGUUACAGCCAUGCCACCAAUAAGUAUGAGGUGGAUGACAUUGAUGAGGAAGGCAAGGAGAGACACACCUUAAGUCGGCGUCGUAUCAUCCCUCUGCCCCAGUGGAAGGCCAACCCCGAGACAGACCCCGAAGCCUUAUUUCAAAAAGAACAGCUUGUUCUGGCCCUGUAUCCCCAGACCACCUGCUUCUACCGGGCCCUGAUCCACACACCCCCACAGCGGCCCCAGGAUGACUAUUCGGUCCUGUUUGAAGAUACCUCCUAUGCAGACGGUUACUCCCCUCCCCUGAAUGUGGCACAGAGGUACGUGGUGGCUUGUAAAGAGCCCAAGAAAAAGUGAAGCAAGCCAUCAGGCUGCACCCCUGCCACCAAGGA